AUGAUAAUGAGCGAGUGUCAACAACAUUUCGAUGACUAUGAUAAAGUGGCUAUACUCGAUGCUGGUUCACAAUAUGCUAAAGUUAUUGAUCGUCGAAUACGUGAACUAGCAGUUCAUUCUGAACUUUUACCAUUACAAACAUCAGUCAGCGAAUUACUUGCACAUCAAUAUAAAGCAGUUAUCAUUACGGGUAGUCCAGGUUCGGUGAACGAUUUGAAUCCGGUAUAUUAUGAUCCAAAACUAUUCGAAUGUAAUUUACCAAUAUUGGGUAUUUGUUAUGGAUUACACAUGUUAAAUAAACAACGUGGCGGUACGAUUAUACGGCAAUCUGUACGAGAAGAUGGUCAAUUUCAAGUUGAACUUAAUGUAAACGAAUGUCCGCUUUUUAAAGAUAUGAAACAAUUAGAAAAUGUUUUAUUGACACAUGGAGAUAGUAUUGGACAACUCGGUGAAAAUUUAAUAUCUAUUGGUACCAGUGAAUCAUUUAUUGUUGCAUGUGCUGAUAAAGAAAAGCCGCUUUAUGGAGUUCAAUUUCAUCCGGAGGUUGAUCUAACAGAAAAUGGCCUACAAGUAUUUAAAAAUUUCCUUUUUGACAUCGCUCAUUGCCGAGCAACAUUUACCAUGGGUUGCCGAAUUGAAGAAGCUUUCAAUAAUAUUCGAUCGUUUGUGAAAGAUCAACCAGUUUUUGUUCUUUGUAGUGGUGGCGUUGAUAGUUCUGUUUGUGCUGCUCUAUUAACUCGUGCUUUGCCAGUUGAACAAGUGAAAAUCGUCACUAUCGACAAUGGAUUCUUACGACAUAAUGAAAGUCAUGAAAUCCGAACCACACUGUCUCAAUUUGCAACUGUUAAUUAUAUCGAUGCUAGUCAACGUUUUUCUCAAGCAAAAACUUAUGUUCGAGCAAAACCAAAAUUAUUAUCGAAUGAAAAAAAGUCAACAUCACAACGACGCACAUCAAUAGCAACGAAUUGUUUAAGUUUAUUUGAUGCUGAUUUAUUACUUGAAGAAACUUUACCAUUAAGCGAAGAAAUCGAUCCUGAACAUAAACGAAAAAUUAUCGGUGAUACAUUUAUUAGAGUUGUACAAGAGUUUCUACGUGAUAAUAAUUUUACAUUUGAUGAUAUUAUUUUGGCGCAAGGCACUUUAAGACCUGAUUUGAUUGAAAGUGCAUCGCAUCUAGCGUGCCAAGGUGGCCAUGCCGAUGCAAUUAAAACACAUCAUAAUGAUUCACCAAUGGUACGCGAAUUACGUAAAUUAGAUCGUGUUAUAGAGCCAUUAAAAGAAUUUCAUAAAGAUGAAGUACGACAAAUUGGUUUAACGUUAGGACUUCAUGCUGAUGUUAUCUAUCGGCAUCCAUUUCCUGGACCUGGUCUAGCCAUACGAAUUUUAUGCAUUGAUGACCCUCAUAUGCCAGUAGAAUCUUUUCCACAAACAUCGUCAUUAUUAAAAACAAUAAUUAAUUAUUCAACGAUGUUUGAAAAACAGGAUGAUUUAUUAACAAAAUUAGAUAAGGUUUUUACUGAGAACGAAAAAGGCUUUCUGAAAAGUUUUACAUCAUCUGAUAAACAUGAUUAUACAUCAGUAUUACUUCCAAUUCGAAGUGUCGGUGUGCAAGGUGAUGCUCGUACAUAUAGUUUUGCUGCAGCCAUCAGUUCAAAUGAUGAAAAUCCAAAUUGGAAUGAAUUAUUUAUUCUUGCUCGAAUGAUAACGAAAGCCUGUCAUGAAAUUAAUCGAAUUGUUUAUAUUCUUGGUAAAAAAAUUCUGGAUUCCGAAAUAACACAAGUUACACGUACUACAUUAACGCCAGAUAUUAUCGAUAAAGCUCGUGCUUGUGAUUAUCAUGCUAUGAUAAUUAUGAAGCAAUACGGUGCCUAUAAUUCAAUUAGUCAAAUGCCUGUUGUAUUGAUACCAAUAGAAUUUGAUAGAGAAAUAAAUUUGAAUGAACACGUUCAAUCCAAUAACAGUAGUCAACAUUCAGUUGUUUUACGUACAUUUCUAACCAAAGACUUCAUGACUGGAACAUCAGCUAUACCUGGCGAAACAUUUCCCGCUGCAAUGCUGAAUAAAAUGUGUGAAACAAUUAAAAGCGAGGUACCAGGUAUAAGUCGAAUUCUGUACGAUUUGACAUCAAAGCCUCCAGCUACAACUGAAUGGGAAUGA